AGCUGCUCCUACAUCUCUAGCAAUGGCAACGACUGAAUUUGAGAAGACUGCUGAGGCUACUGCGACUGCUGAGAAGGCCCAAGUGAUCGAGAAGGUCGACGAAGAAGAGGUCACCGAGGUCGACGGAUGGGCUCCUUCCGUCUCACUUGAAGUGAGCGAUAAGAUCGAAACUGGUGAGGAAGACGAACAGGAGUUGUAUCGUCAGAGGAGCAAGCUUUACAGGUGGAUAUCUAAGGAUGAGGGCUCUGGAGAGUGGAAGGAGCGUGGUACUGGCGAGAUGCGUCUAUUGAGAGAGAAGAAGAGCGGAAGGGUACGCGCUCUUAUGCGUCAGGAGAAGACUCUCAAGAUUAUCGCCAAUCAUUACGUUGUCGAGAAUGGUCCUUACUGCAGCCUCAAGCCUAACGCUGGGUCAGAGAAGUGCUGGGUGUGGAUGGCCAGUGAUUAUGCUGAGGGCGAACAACGCACCGAGCAGUUCGCUUUGAAAUUCGGUAACCCUGACCUGGCCAAGGCUUUCGAGAAGGCUUUUAACGAGGCUAAGCAAGAGAACGCUGAGAUCAUCUCUGGCGAGAAGGCCGAUAAGAAGGAGGAAAAGCAGGCAGAGGACAAGAAGGAAGAGGGCAAGAAGGAAGAGUAAAGUGCUGCUCCUGUUGCAUUUGUAUGACGUUUCUCCGGAUAUAAUAACAAAUACUCCAUA